UUGGUUGUGGGCGGUUGGGCUGGGACGAGGUUUAAGAGCGCGAGAACGUAGGGAGCGUGAGCUGCAACUGCCGCCAGUGCGUGGCUAUGGAGAGCACCGGCGGCAACUGGCUUUACCCCACCGCACUGCUCUGUAUCUGUGGCUUUUUCUCCAAUGUACGGCCGUCUGAACCUUUCCUCACUCCUUACCUAAUGGGACCUGACAAAAACCUGACCGAGCAGCAGGUGAAUGAGAUUUUUCCAGUGUGGACUUACUCCUACCUAUUGCUUUUGUUUCCCAUCUUUCUGGCUACUGAUUACCUCCGAUACAAACCCAUCAUCAUUCUACAAGGCACAGCUUUGGUCAUGACCUGGUUGAUGUUGUUGUAUGCCCAAGGACUACUGGCAAUGAAGUUUCUGGAAUUCUUCUAUGGAAUGGUAACUGCAUCAGAGGUGGCUUAUUACUCCUAUAUCUACUCUGUAGUGGACUCUAACGUGUACCAGAAAGUAACUGGAUACUGUCGUUGUGCCACUUUGGUUGGGUACACAGUGGGAUCAGUUAUUGGACAAAUCCUGGUCUCAUUUGCUGAGGUGUCCCUCUUCCACCUCAAUGUUAUUUCAUUAGUCUGUGUGGCAAUUGGUUUUAUUAUAUCAAUGUUUCUUCCAAUGCCACAGAAGAGCAUGUUCUUUCACAAAGUGAAAGGAGACCAUAGUGGAAUCGAGUUCAAAGAUGAUGGUGUAAAGUCAGAAGAAGAAGAAGAAUCAGCAUCAAUGAUGCCACUAAACUGUGCCCUUGAUAAUGCUGACAAUAUGCUAAAUGAACAUCUGGCAGAACCAAUGGAUAGCACCUCAGAUGCCAAUGAAACUACGAAUAAAAAGCCCUUCAAACGAAUAUGCAUUGUUCUUGCAAUGUUAUGGAAGACUUUUCUGCAGUGCUAUUCUUCUUGGCCACUGCUCUGCUGGUCAGCAUGGUGGGCAUUAUCGACUUGUGGCUAUUUUCAGAUAUUGAAUUACAUUCAAAUCUUGUGGGAGCGAAUACGUCCUUCCCAGAAUACCCAGAUUUACAAUGGAAUGGUGGAAGCAGCAUCUGCGCUUUUGGGUGCUGUGGCAGCAUUUGUUGUAGGUUAUGUAAAGAUAUCGUCCAUCUGGAGUGAAGUUUCACUCCUGGUCUUUUCUCAUGUUGUCGCUGUUUCAGUGUUUCUGAUGGACAUUGUCCAAAACAUCUGGGUGUGCUACGUCUGUUACAUUGUUUUCAGAAUUAUUUACAUGAUGCUUAUUACUGUAGCAACAUACAAGAUUGCUGCAAAUCUAAGUGUGGAGCUGUAUGCUUUGGUGUUUGGUGUAAAUACAUUUGUCGCCUUAGUUCUUCAGACUCUGUUGACCUUGAUUGUGGUGGAAUCUAGUCUCCUGAAUUUGGACAUAUUUGGACAGUUUCUGGCUUAUUCAGUUUACUUUGGUGCAAUUGCUGUGUUGUUCCUGAUCUUUGGUGUUUAUAACAUUGUGAAGAAAUGCAAAGAAAAGCUGAGACCACGUGAAAACGUCUCUGCUUGUUUGGACUGCAGGAACGAAGUGACACCAAAGACAUCUUGAGCAGGCAUGAUCAAAUCAUACAAUCCCCACAGCAUGGAAGCAGGCCAUUCAGCCUAUUGAGUCCACACCGAUCCUCCAAAGUGCAUUCCACCGAGACACUACACUCCCACCCACCUUUAUCCCUCUAACCCCAUAUUUCCCGUACCUAGCCUGCACAUCCCUGAACACUGGACUAUUUAGCAUGGCCAGUGCACUUAACCUGUACCUCUUUGGAAAUCAUGCUUGGCAUAAGAUUCACUAAAGACCACUUUUGCAAUGGGUAGUUUCAUAUAUGUGCAGUUAUGUUAUGUGAUUACAUUAUGGCUACAUUAACUGCAGUCAAACGAUUUGUUUAUUUUCGCACUAGAUCAUUAACCAGAGAAAAGCAAUAUACUGCAGACGCUGGUAAAUUUUUAAAAAAGGCUGGAUCAAACCCUAACAAAGACAGAAAUUGCUGGAAAAAAUUCAGCAGGUCUGGAAGCAUCUGUGGACAGAAAGCUGAGUUGAUGUUUCAGGUCAAGUAAUCCUUCUUCUGAACUGAUUGUAGUUAGUAAAAAUUGGCAUGUAUGCUGAAGAUUGGGUUGGGGGAAAGGGGAAGAAAUAAAUGAUUGAGGAGAAGGAGCCCAGAGAGAGGGAGAUACACAAAGGAAUAGGUGAUGGUCCGCUUAGGAGAAUCACCUGCUAAUGGGGACUAUUUCGUAGCUGACAAUGGAUUGGUUGUGGUAGCAGCUCAUGUGGUGACAAGGCCUGGUAUGUGGGGUAGGGGUAAGAUCGUGGAGAAGAUGUUCAGGCCCUAAAAUUAUUGACCUCCAUACUGUCCAGAAGAUGGUAGGGGCCCCCAAGGUAAAAUGAGGUACUGUUGUUCCAGAUUGUGCUGAGCUUCACUGGAGCACUGCACCAAGCCUGAGACAAUGAUGUUGGCCAGGGAACAUAGUGAUGUGUUGAAAUGGCAGGCAACCGGAAGCUCGGUCAUUUUUGCGGAUAGAACGUAGGUGUUCCACAAAAUGGUUACCCAGUCUGCGUUUCUUCUCCCCAACGUAGAAGAGAACACAUUGUGAGCAGUGAAUACAGUAGAUUAAAUUGAACAAAGUACAAGUAAGUCGCUGAUUCACCUGGAAGGUGUGUCUGGGUCCUUGGGAGGAAGUAAACGGCAGGGGUUGCACCUUCUGUGAUUUGAAUGGAAAGGUGCUGUGGUGAUGUGGGAAGUUCAGGAGUGGACCAAGGAGGCCCAGAGGGAACGGUUUCUGCGAAGCUAAUAAGAGGGCAAGUGAAUGUGUGUCUAGUGGUAGUAUCAGGCUAGCGGUGGCAGAAAUGGUGGCUAAUGAUCUUUUGGAUGCGGAUGCUGUUUGGGUGGUAAGUGAGGACUAGGGGACUGUAUUGCUCUUGUGGCAGGAAAGAGAGGGCGUGAGGGUAGAAGUGCAGGAGAUGGAUGGACAUGGCUGAAGGCCCUGUCAGCCAGGGGAAUUCUCGGUUUAGGAAGAAGGUGGAUAUUUCGGAGGCCCCCUUGUCAAAGUUGGCAUCAUUGGAACAGAUGUGAUGGAGAUGGAGGAACUAGGAAAAUGAAAUGAGUCUUUACAGGAAGCAGAGUGCAAAGAUGUAUCGUCAAGGUAGCUGUGGGAGUUGGAGUUUAUAACGGAUAUUGCUAGCCUAUCCCCAGAAAUGGGAACAGAUGUCAAAGAAGGGAAGGGAAGAGUCAGAUGGAUCAGGUGAAGGUGAGAGCAGAGUGGAAGUUGGAAAUGAAAUUGGAAAAGUAUAUCAUUCCGUGAAGAGGGAAGCAGCACUGAUGAUGUCAUCAAUAUACUGGAGAAGGAGUUGCAUGUGGGGCUAGAAUAGGACUGGAAAAAGGAUUGUUCCAUGUACCCAACAAAGAGACAGGCAUAACUGGUACCCAGGCCACAUGUUUGAUCUGAAGAAAGUUUACCGAGUUAAAGGAGAAGUUAUUCAAUGUGAGGACAAACCCAGCUGGGUGUAGGAGCAUGAUGGUAGAUGGGGACAGUUCAGGCUUUUUCUUUUCCCAGGAAGAAGCAGAGACCAGCCUGAUGGGGGAUGGACAUGGAGUGUUUGCACAUUCAUGGUAAGAAGGAGGUGGUUGGAGCCUGUGAACUGGAAAUUUUGAAACAGAUUUAAAGCAUCAGAAGAACUGCAGAUGCAAGUGGGAAGGGACUGGACAAGGGGAGAAAAAUUGGAGUUGUGGUAGGAAGAGAUGAGUUCUGUGGGGCAGGUGCAGGUAGACAUGGUGGGUCUGCCCAGACAGUCCUGUUAGUGGAUUUUGGGAAGGAGGUAGAAGCUGGCUGUAUUGUGUUGGGAUCUAUGAGCUUAGAGGCUUUUGGCAGGGAGUGGGGAGAUCACCAAGAUAAAAUGAGAUUAAUGACCAUUGUGGACAUAAUUGCCUGGUGUUCAAUUGUGGGGUCAUGGUCCAGGAGAAGAUAGGAGGAGAUAUGAGAGCUGGCGCUUAGCCUCCACAAUGCAGAGGUCAGUCCACCAGACAAUAAUAGGGCCACCGUAGUUGUCGGGCUUGAUUACAAAGUCAGGGUUAGAUCUGAGUGCACAGAGUGCUGUCAGUUCAGAAGGACAGAGGUUUGAAUAGGUAAGUUAGAUAGUGAGGCAGACGAAUUGAGGCAACCAAGGUCAUGUCGACAGUUCAUGAUGAACAGGUGGAGUGCUGGUAAACUGCUGGAGAAUCUUGGUGGUGGGUGAAGGGGUCUGUGAUACUCUUGUGCGUAGAAAUGGGCAUGGAGGCAAAGGCAACAGAAGGACAGUUCAGUGUCAUGUUGUACCUGAAAUUCAUUGUGGAAUGCAGAGGAAUAAAACUUAAGACCUUUGCUAAGUACAGCAUUCUUUCAUCAUUUAUGGGAUGAGGGUGUUGCUGCAAUGCAGCAUUUAUUGCCCAUCCCUAAUUGCCCAGAGGGCAGUUAGGAGUCAGCCGCAUUGCUGUGGGUCCGGAGUCACGUAGGCCAGACCAGGUAAGGAUGGCAGUUUCCUUCCCUAAAGGACAUUUGUGAACCAGAUGGGUUUUUCUGACAAUCGACAAUGGAUUCACAGUCACCCUUAGAGUCUUAAUUCCAGAUAUUUAUUGAAUUCAAAUUCAAUCAUCUGCCGUGGCGUGAUUCGAACAGAGAGCAGAGUGUCAGAAUGGAUAGCAAAUACAUGCCAGGAGGUGGGAUUGGGAGAAACACAAGUCUGGCAGCAUCAAUAGAGAGAGAAAAACAGUUAACCUGUUGAGUGCAAUAACUUCAUAUCUGAAGAAAAAAUAUUGGUCUCAAUUUUAACUCUGUUUCUCUUUUCAUUGAUGCUAACAGACCCAUUAAAUUUGUGCAGUAUUUUUUUGUUUUAUUAUCACUUAACCAGAGCUUUCAUUGGAAUUGUUGAUGUAUGUCAACUCUAAUUUCACCAGAAUUACAGCAGACAGUCUGUUUCUGUCAAGCAGGGCCUCUGUUGAAAUUGGAAGUUUUGAUGAUAGAGCAAAGGCUGUUUGUUUCCCUUGUGUCUCUGGAUAAAUUAAAAUCCAGGCUGUAGACAUCUGUGGAAUCUUCAUACUAAUUUUUCUGAUAAUUUGCCCAGAUUUAGGUACCCUCGCCUCCUCUGCUAAAUUGGAUACUAAAUCUGAGUACUAUUGUCUGAGGCCAACCGAUGAUUUCUUCUUCCAUUCCACCUCUCCAUAAAUUGUGAUCCCUCAUUAAUGUUCUUGUCAUAUUUCAAUUUGUCCUCACCAAACUUGAUUUUUCUCGAAAGACAAAUGUUAAAAGGAUCGCAUGCAUUUCAUGCCUUGUGUACUUAGAAGCCAAUAUGUGGCCAUUUCAAAAGUUACAAUCAUAAGGAUUAAAAAAAUUGCUAUUCUCUGCACUAUUUCAAUUAUGUGCAUCAGUACACUGAGACUGGAUCCAAUAUGAUUGUAAAAAAACAGUGGAGGGAAGAAGUAUUAUAUUGAAGAACUCUGGCUAUAACCUAAAUAUUGAACUGCACUGAAGUUUUCACUUCAACUGGUGAGUGCAACUAUUUAUAGCUACCAGCAUCUUAAUAAUGGAUAGAAAAUUUGUAUUAUUCUUUUAACAUGUCAAUAGAUAGAAAAUGUGCUUUGAUAUUUUGAGAACCAAUAUAUACCUGUGGUAUGGAUAUAUAGUGGAACUAAAAUGCUUGUUCAAUAAAGAAUGACAACUACAAAAUUGAAUUACAUAAGAUUACCAUAUCGGUAGCUUUUAAUUUUCUUGAUGGUACAACAAUCUGCCUGGCUGUAAUAGUACAGUAAAACAGGCAAGUCCCAGUGGAGAGACUUAAACAUGGAGGAUUUGCAAGGAGUUUUCUUUUUGUAAAAGAAGGGAAUGGGGUAUUGGGAUUAAUUUCAUAGCUCUUUGAAAGAGCUGUACGAUACUUGAACUUAACUGCAGUGACAGCACAAAAACCUUAAAAUAAAUAACACUAGCUAUUGAAGUGAAAUGAAGUAUUUUUGUCUCACUUAGCCUCUUUUGUUAGUCUUACAAGUUAGUUUUGGGUGCUGUUAGAAAACAUUAUUGUGAUUUUAAUGCCAUGUAUAAUUCAAUUAACCUGAUGUGUAUGAUGUACCAAGUACAGAUAUUAGUGCACAUGAUGAAAAUAUGUCUUAUGAUGAAGUGAUUGUAUACGAGACUUGAAGAGUUGUGACACUGUCUCUCCAUUCUUAAAGUUGCUGUUUAUUGUUUAUGCCACUAAGUAUAAAUAUUUGUGCGAAUGUACACUUUGCCAAAUAGCUGGUUUUGAAACAUGAAAAUUCAGCAGAGUGCUGAUGUUGUGCACCUUUUUAUUAAUAAUAAUAAUAAUAAUAUUUGGAAUGAGUUGUCUGUCUUUCAGAAGUACAUUUCUUUUUAGAUUGAUUUGUGGAAGGAAAAUUUAGAAAUGGGAGAAGACAAGAGUUUGACCUAUUUUUGAUUAUUUAUUAAUUAAACUUAAAAUUGUUGAGCAGCGAGCUAUUUUGAGCAAUCAAUGGAAAUCUGAAGGAGCAAUUCCUCACAUUUUCCCAAUAAAACUAAUCUAAGUAGUGGCAAAAUCAAUGAAGGAAGUAUAAUGUAAGAUUAAAGCUCAGUAAUAUUCACUAUCUCAAACAGACCAUUAGGUCAUCAUAUCACAUACACGCAGCAGUUUUAUGGUCUUGGAUCUUUCUGCCAUUUUGCUUGUGGAAAUAAAGUAACAUGCUUUGUUUUCUUGAUUGGUCUUAAAUGUCAUUGUUGGAAUGGCAUUUAUUACAUGGCCAGGAAAGAUGUAAUUUGCCAAUAUUUAACAGGUGCCUAGUUCGCACUCGAAUUCAGUCAAGUAGGUAUUGGACAGAUAUCUAAUUUAUAUUCAUGUCAGAUCUGCAAUCUCAUUCCAAGUCAGAAUUAUCAGAAAAUUCAGCUGAUGUACCAGUAAUCAAAAUAAAAUCUUGUUGCAUAGUAACUGUCUCAAAUAUUCACGCAACAUUAUCGAUGAGAGCUCAUUUUGCAAUAUUUGUAAUUCAAAAAAGAAUAGAGACCUUCACUAGAUCAGGACAAAAUAAGAUUAUUUGGCACAAUGAGAAAUCCUUUAAAGGAUAAGCAGAUUCUGUCCUUCUCCAUGAGGAAAUGAAAAACUCUCUCUCUCUCUCUCUCCCAAAUUUGUAUGCACCCAUAUAUUAUGGACAGAGAAAUAAAACUUUAAAUAUCAUUCUGAAAGCUGAUUUAAAAGAAGCACCAUAUUGAUUUAAGAGACUAAUAACCCUCACCCUGGAGUUGGCACGGUGAAUCAGCGGUUAGCACUGCUGCCUCACGGCACCAGGAACCCAGGUUCAAUUCCACCCUCGGAUGGCUGUCUGUGUGGAG